AUCCUGGGGGAGGGACUUUCCGUAUGAAUGUAACUGGUUUUAUAUAAGCUAAAGUUUUUCCAGUACUCCAACGCCCGCUCGCUAACUCUCCUUUACAUCCGUCUUCUUUCAGACAGUUCUUAUCCUUGCUUUUGGGAAUCCAUUGAUCUUACAAUGGCCGCAAUUGGAAACCGUGGAACAGUGACUGAAGCAUCUGGAUUCAACCCAGAGCAAGAUGUCCAGAAACUUCGAGAGGCCAUGAAGGGAACUGGUACUAAUGAGUCUGCUAUUAUUGAAGUCCUGGCUCACCGCACAAUUGCCCAAAGGCAGCGCAUCAAGGAGGCCUACAAACAGUCUGUCGGAAAGGAACUGGCUGACGAUCUGUCCUCAGAGCUGAGUGGAAACUUUAGGAGUGUGGUCCUGGGUCUGCUGAUGUUGGCUCCUGUGUAUGAUGCCUAUGAACUGAAGCAUGCAAUGAAGGGUGCAGGAACCGAAGAGGCCUGUCUUAUUGAUAUACUCGCUUCAAGGUCAAAUGAGGAAAUAAGAACCAUCAAUGCUUUCUACAAGAAAGAAUAUGGAAAAACUUUGGAGGAUGAUGUUUGUGGAGACACAUCUGGAAUGUUUCAGCGAGUUCUUGUCUCUCUUCUGACAGCUGGACGAGAUGAAGGCGACAAUGUGGAUGAGGCCCUGGCCGUGCAAGAUGCAAAAGAAAUCUUUGAGGCUGGUGAGGCGCGAUGGGGCACAGAUGAGGUCAAAUUCCUCACUGUGCUCUGUGUGAGGAACAGGAAGCAUUUGCUACGAGUGUUUGAUGAAUACAAGAAGAUUUCUGGACGGGAGAUUGAGGAGAGCAUAAAGAGAGAGAUGUCUGGUUGUCUAGAAGAAGUUUUUCUCGCAAUUGUUAAAUGCAUGCGGAGCAAACCAGCAUUCUUUGCUGAGCGACUAUACAAAUCAAUGAAGGGGCUAGGCACCACAGACAGUGUGCUCAUCAGAAUAAUGGUGGCACGAGCAGAAAUUGACAUGUUGGAUAUCAAAGCAGAGUUUCAGAAGAUGUACAGCAAGACACUUUACUCCUUUAUUAAGGGUGACACAUCAGGAGACUACCGCAAAAUCCUGCUGGAGUUGUGCGGAGGCGAGUGAGAGACAUUCUCAGCUUCUUUUUGUAUUUUCCUCCUUUUGAUGAAUUCCCUCUAUGACACAUGUUUCCCCGCCCUGGCCUACUCUUUAUUCUGACUGACAGCAGUACCUUACAUUACAGUUUGUGAAAGCAAUUAAACCAAAGAGCAGUGACCUUUUA